ACACCAGAUUUUCUUUGCGAGUAAGUCCUGAGAUAGCGCGUCUAGACUAUACCGAAGACAGCAUUGAUUGGCUUGAAUUUUGUCUCUGCAAUCUUGGGAAAGUGAAAAUUUCAUAGGACCCCAUCGCCCAUAAGAAGGUUCUAGUAGCAGAAACUGAGUUAAUUUGUGAGUAAUCGUUGUACACUAUUGUCUUGUUAACUUACGUGUAUAUUUUUCGUAGCCAUAAGAAUGCAGUGAGUGUGGAAAGAACUUACUUCUGGUCAUCUAAAAGAUUAUACGGGAAUGCAGGCAAGAGAAAGACCGUUUGAAUGCAGUGAGUGCGGAAAGAAGUUUUUUCGACCUGGUCAUCUAAAAUUUCAUAUGAGAGUGCACACAGAAGAGAAACCAUAUGCAUGUGAAUGCAGUGAGUGUGGGAAGAAGUUUAGUCGCUCUAGUGAUCUAAAAGUUCAUAUGAGAAUGCACACAGGAGAAAAACCAUAUGAAUGCUGUGAGUGUGGAAAGAAGUUUAGUCGAUCUUGUAGUCUACAAAAGCAUAGGAGAAUACACACAGGAGAAAGACCAUACGAAUGCAGUGAGUGUGGAAAGAAAUUUACUCAAUCUGGUAAUCUACAAUUUCAUAUGAGAAUGCACACAAGAGAAAGACCAUUUGAAUGCAGUGAGUGUGGAAAGGAGUUUUUUCGAUCUGAUCUUCUAAAAGUUCAUAUGAGAAUACACACAGGAGAAAAGCCAUUUCCAUGCAGUGAGUGUGGAAAGAAGUUUGCUCAAUCGGCAAAUCUAAAAGUUCACAUGAGAAUGCACACAGGACAACAACCAUAUGAAUGCAGUGAGUGUGGAAAAAAGUUUUCUCGCUCUGGUAAUCUACAAAAGCAUAAGAGAAUACACACAGGAGAAAGACCAUAUGGAUGUAGUGAGUGUGGAAAGAAAUUUACUCAAUCUGGUAGUCUGAAAAUUCAUAUGAGAAUGCACACAGGAGAAAGGCCAUAUCAUAGUUCUCACCAAAAAGAAGAGAAAGACCAUUGUGAAAAUCAUGGAGAAUUCUUUCAUUUUGCUGCACUAGUUGCAAGACACCAAACAGUUCACACUCAAGAAGACAGGAUUGCUGAAAAGGAUAUAGAUAUGAUGUCGUCCUCAAGCAAGUCUCAAACCAACUCUAAUAGUACUCAUAUAUCUGCUCAAAAUUGUGCAAUGUUUAGUGAUAGAAGCUUAUUCACAUUUUUAUCUAUUCCUGCCAAUGGUGUUUGCAGUCCAUCUGUUGUUUUCUCUAUGUUCCACCAUCCCAAUAUAGCUGUGACAUAUGGUGUUACUGCGUCUAUGGGUAGAGACAUGUUGGUGAUGGAGAAAGUUGUAACGUCUUUGUCUGAUGUGCUUGAUGAUUCAGUUGUGAAUGAAGAGAUGAAUGUACACGAACGAGUUGAUAUUUCUUAUGGCAUUGUUUGUGCAGUUGACUAUUUGCAUUAUCAAAUGGGAAUCAUUCACGGCUACAUCAGCCCUACCACUGUAUUUAUCACAUCUCGACUGACCGCCAAACUGUUAGAUCCAGCAGCAUCUGGUCUCACGCAUGACAAGAUAUGUCAACGUGCUGAGUCAUAUGAUGAUGAUCUGCAUCAACUAAUCUGUCUUCUCAUCAAGUUAUACGGCUCAUAUUCACAAUUUUCAUCUGUUUGUCGUCAUUUUUGGAGCAUAAUCAGUCGUGAUAAGAAGUCAAGGGAUAAAGUGGUGUCUACGACGGAGCUGCUUGAGUUAAUUGACGAAUUAAAACACAACGAGGAAUACAGUUGCAGCUCACGCAGACGUGAACUAUCGAUACAUAUGAUAUCCCGUAUGUUGUUACACCAGAUCUAUUCUUUGCGAUUAUGUCCUGAGUUUGCGCGUCUAGACUAUACCAAAAACAGCAUUGAUUGGCUUGAAUUUUGUCUCUGCAAUCUUCGAAAAGAGAAAAUUGUAUGGGACCCCAUCGUCCAGAAGAAGCCAUAUGAAUGCAGUGAGUGUGGAAAGGACUUUACUUCUGGUUGUCUAAAAGAUCAUACGGGAAUGCAGACAGGAGAAAGACCAUUUGAAUGCAGUGAGUGCGGAAAGAAAUUUUUUCGACCUGGUCAUCUAAAAUUUCAUAUGAAAGUGCACACAGAAGAAAGACCAUAUGCAUGUGAAUGCAGUGAGUGUGGGAAGAAGUGUAGUCGUUCUAGUGAUCUAAAAGUUCAUAUGAGAAUGCACACAGGAGAAAAGCCAUAUGAAUGCAGUGAGUGCGGAAAGAAGUUUAGUCAAUCUUCUAAUCUACAAAAGCAUAGAAAAAGACACACAGGAGAAAGACCAUAUGAAUGCAGUGAGUGUGGACAGAAGUUUGCUGAUUCUGGUAAUCUAAAAUUUCAUAUGAGAAUGCACACAAGAGAAAGACCAUUUGAAUGUAGUGAGUGUGGAAAGGAGUUUUUUCGAUCUGGUCUUUUAAAAGUUCAUAUGAGAAUACACACAGGAGAAAAGCCAUUUCCAUGCAGUAAGUGUGGAAAGAAGUUUACUCAAUCUGCAAAUCUAAAAGUUCACAUGAGAAUGCACACAGGACAAAAGCCAUAUGAGUGCAGUGAGUGUGGAAAAAAGUUUACUCACUCUGGUAAUCUACAAAAGCAUAUGAGAAUACACACAGGAGAAAGACCAUAUGAAUGCAGUGAGUGUGGAAAAAAAUUUACUCAAUCUGGUAGUCUAAAAAUUCAUAUGAGAAUGCACACAGGAGAAAGGCCAUAUCAUAGUUCUCAUCAAAAAGAAGAGAAAGACCAUUGUGAAAGUCAUGGAGAAUUCUUUAAUUUUGCGGCACUAGUUACAAGACACCAAACAGUUCACACUCAAGAAGACAGGAUUGCUGAAAAGGAUAUAGAUAUGAUGUCGUCCUCAAGCAAGUCUCAAACCAACUCUAAUAGUACUCAUUUAUCUGCUCAAAUUUCUGCAAUGUUUAGUGAUAGAAGUUUAUUCACAUUUCUAUCCAUUCCUUCCAAUGGUGUUUGCAGUUCAUCUGUUGUUUUCUCUAUGUUCCACCAUCCCAAUAUAGCUGUGACAUAUGGUGUCACUGUGUCUACGGGAGGUGACAUGUUGGUGAUGGAGAAAGUUGUAACGUCUUUAUCUGAUGUGCUUGAGGAUUCAGUCGUGAAUGAAGAGAUGAAUGUACACGAACGAGUUGAUAUUUCUCAUGGCAUUGUUUGUGCAGUUGACUAUUUGCAUCAUCAAGUGGGAAUCAUUCACGGCUACAUCAGCCCUACCACUGUAUUUAUCACAUCUCGACUGACCGCCAAACUGUUAGAUCCAGCAGCAUCUUGUCUCAUACAUGAUAAGAUAUGUCAACGUACUGAGUCAUAUGAUGAUGAUCUGCAUCAACUAAUCUGUCUCCUCAUCAAGUUAUACGGCUCAUGUUCUCAAUUUUCAUGUGUUUGUUGUCAGUUAUGGAGCAUGAUCAGUCGUGAUAAGAAGUCAAGGGAUAAAGUGGUGCCUACCAGGGAGGUGCUUGAGUUAAUUGACGAAUUAAGACACAAUGAGCAAUACAGUUGCAGCUCACGCAGACGUGAACUAUCGAUACACUAUUGCUUUCUAACUUACGUGUUUAGCCAUAUGAAUGCAGUGAGUGCGGAAAACUCUAGAUAUUCUUGUCGUCUAAAAGUUGAUACGGGAAUGCAGACAGGAGAAAGGCCAUGUGAAUGCAGUGAGUGUGGAAAGAAGUUUACUCGAUCUGGUAGUCUACAAAAGCAUAGGAAAAUACACACAGGAGAAAUGCCAUAUGAAUGCAGUGAUUGUGGAAAGAAGUUUACUGAUUCUGGUCAUCUAAAAGUUCAUAUGAGAAUGCACAGAGGAGAAAGACCAUUCGAAUGCAGUGAGUGUGGAAAGAAGUUCUUUCUACCUGGUCAUCUAAAAGUUCAUAUGAGAGUGCACACAGGAGAAAAGCCAUUUUCAUGCAGUGAGUGUGGAAAGAAGUUUACUAAAUCUGAAAAUCUAAAAGUUCAUAUGAGAAUGCACACAGGACAAAAGCCAUAUGAAUGUAGUCAGUGUGGAAAGAAGUUUAGCGAUUCUGGUAAUUUACAAAAGCAUAGGAAAAUACACACAGGAGAAAGACCAUAUGAAUGCAGUGAGUGUGGAAAGAAAUUUACUCAAUCUGGUAGUCUACAAAUUCAUAUGAGAAUACACACAGGAGAAAGACCAUAUGAGUGCAGUGAGUGUGGAAAAAAGUUUACUCAUUCUGGUCAUCUACAAGGUCAUAUGAGAAUACACACAGGUGGAAAACCAUAUCAUAGAUCUCACCGAAAAGAAAACAAAAAUCAUUGUGGACAUCAUGGAGAAUUCUUUCAUUUUGCGGCAUUAGUUGCAAGACACCAAACAAUUGACACUCCAGAAGACAUGAUUGCUAAAAGGGAUAGAGAUAUGAUAUCAUCAUCAAGCAAGUCUCAAACCAACUCUAUUAGUACUCAUUUAUCUGCUCAAACUUCUGCAAUGUUUAGUGAUAGAAGCUUAUUCACAUUUCUAUCCAUUCCUUCCAACGGUGCUUGCAGUUCAUCUGUUGUUUUCUCUAUGUUCCACCAUCCCAAUAUAGCUGUGACAUAUGGUGUGACUGUGUCUACGGGUAGUGACAUGUUGGUGAUGGAGAAGGUUGUAACGUCUUUGUCUGAUGUGCUUGAUGAUUCAGUCGUGAAUGAAGAGAUGAAUGUACACGAACGAGUUGAUAUUUCUCAUGGCAUUGUUUGUGCAGUUGACUAUUUGCAUCAUCAAGUGGGAAUCAUUCACGGCUACAUCAGCCCUACCACUGUAUUUAUCACAUCUCGACUGACCGCCAAACUGUUAGAUCCAGUAGCAUCUUGUCUCAUGCAUAAUAAGAUAAGUGAACGUGCUGAGUCAUAUGAUGAUGAUCUGCAUCAACUAAUCUGUCUCCUCAUCAAGUUAUACGACUCAUGUUCACAACUUUCAUCUGUUUGUCGUCAUUUUUGGAGCAUGAUCAGUCGUAAUAAGAAGUCAAAGGAUAAGGUAUUGUCUGCGACGGAGCUGCUUGAGUUAAUUGUUGAAGUAAAACGCAAUGAUGAAUACAAUUGCAGCUCACGCAGACGUGAACUAUCGAUAGUUAAUUGAAAAUGAGUUCGUUAUCUGAUUAGAUAUGAAUGUUUACUGGUUGUUUGUGUUUGUAAAGUUGAAGUUUAAAAUACAUUGGUUGAAGACAGUGUUUGCGUAUAACGUAGCU